CAUGCGUUCAUCGUGUCGUGCAAGUUCGCCUAGUUCGCGUUCGCAAGUCGAGGUUUGUGUUUUCUGACGAGAGCUUUGCGUGAGGGUAAGAGUUUCGUUAUUUCCUGGAUAAGUUCGGUUGACCUAGGAUAUAACGGGGCUCUCGUUUUGUAUAGUAAUAAUUGAUACACAAAGCACGAAACGGAGCCAUUUACGAAGUUUGUACAUAGAAGACCCCAAUAACAGAAACAAGACAUGGCAACAGUCGAGUCAUUAGCAGAAGUGACAGAUGUCGUGCAAAUCCUGCGUCAAUGGGAGGAAGACCAUGUAUCACCAUCAUAUGAUCCAAUACCUACUCUUCAACGGUUAGCUGAGAUAAUAGAACUUGAAACGGAAAAUUACUUAAAAAUGGAUCCAGAUCCUUUUGAUGAAAGACAUCCUUCACGCACUGAUCCUGAAUGCAAUUUUGGACAUAUACUCAAAGUCCUGUUCAGAAAGGACAACUUUAUGACAAAGUUAAUUAAUGACUACUUGAGGGACACAUAUUGGUCAAGAGCAGGUAUCACAGGUCGAGAUGUGAGGAAGCUAAACAUAGCAGCCUGUCGUUUAAUGCUCGAUAUACUUCCUGGUCUGGAAACAUCAGCAGUGUUCCAGCCGGAUAUGGAGGGUCUGAUUCACAGACUGUUUUCAUGGGCAGAGAAGAGUGUAGAGCCGUUACAAAGCUACGCUACAGGUCUCUUGGCAGCAGCGAUGGAGGUUCAGGAUAUAGCAACUGGUUUUCGGGAGCAGAAUGGAAAGAUGGUACCACUUAUGCUGCAAAGACUUCACAAGCUUCAAGAGAAGGCGCAGGAGGAUCGUCAAGCAGCAGCAAAUUCGCGUCCAUUCGCGCAUUUCGGUCAGAACAGAAAUAGCCUUGAUGCCGAACACAAAGGUGUUCCUGGAAAACGAAAAGUCCGAGACAAAAAGAGAGAAAACGGCGUUGCCAAGAGUCCUACACAUCAAGUGUUUUGCUCUGAUGACGAAGACAGCGUGCGUAGUUCAGACGAGACUCCACCAAGUAAAAAAAUGAAGAAUAACUCAGAUCCAGUGCAGUCGACUCCAGUGAAAAAUACCGAAGCUUCAUACCCUGAAAUAAUGUCUCCGCCGUUAGCCAUACCCAAGACUACAAACAGUUCCCAAUUAACCCCGUCGAAGAAUCAGAAUAGUCGGGUCACGCCUCCUAGGCUAGUAGGAUUGUCGACAAAUUCUACGAGAUCCAGUCCUUUUCGUCCCUUAUCACAAAACACUAGUACACCUUCCACCCUCCUGGAAGGUAAUUCAAACUCGUCCUGGGCUGAAAUGGAAUCUUACGUCAUUGGCAACGUGCAAAUUCAUCCCCCAACCUUGGCUACGAGGCAGAUGUUAAUUCUCAGGUACCUGACGCCUAUGGGCGAGUACCAGGAGUUCCUGGGGCACGUCUUCGAACAGAAUGCACUGGAGCUUAUUCUAAAGUAUAUAAACGUCCGUGAAACUAAGGACAGUCGUCUGGCCUUCGAGGCGCUGAAAUAUCUUGCAUCGUUACUUUGCCAUAAGAAAUUCUCCAUUGAAUUUCUUAACAUGGGUGGACUUCACAAACUUCUCGAUGUCCCCAGGCCGAGCGUCGCGGCGACCGGCGUUUCUAUUUGUCUUUAUUAUCUCGCUUAUUGUGAAGACGCCAUGGAGAGGGUCUGCCUCCUGCCAAAACACAUCAUCUCCGACCUCGUUACCUAUGCGCUUUGGUUACUUGAGCGAAGUCACGACUCAGGAAGAUGUCACGCAACAAUGUUUUUUGGUUUUUCGUUUCCCUUCAAGGUGAUACUCGAGGAAUUUGAUGCUCAGGAUGGACUUAGAAAGCUCUACAAUGUUAUAUCCACUUUGCCCAUAUUGAACAUCGAAGAGGAGCCCGCGUUGAAUGACGACGAAGAAUGUGCUUCAAGACAAAUUGUCAGGCACGUUGCGGUCGCUUUAAAGCGUUACAUGGAGGCUCAUCUUUAUUUGAAAGCAGAACAAUUGCAAAGAGCAGAAAACGCCAGAACAGAACGAGACACGUGGCAGCCUUCCUUACCGCCUUACAAGGCGUGCAAGCUUAGCAGCGAAGAAGUGCAGGCCAAGGUCGAGGUCCUUCAGGAGUUGAUGCACAUCAGAGCAGUCUGGUCUCCCGUAGAGGAACUCCAUCGCCUUGGUGGCAUAACACUUCUUUUACAAAUCAUAGCAUUUGCCCGAGAAUGGAAUUACAGUGGGCGGGUUCAUACGACCUCGAGCGCAGAAACUGUACGAUCUUGUCUGGAUGUCAUCGCCAUUUGCUCCGUCGUACCAAAGGUCAUGCUAUUACUGUGUGAGAGGGUUGACAUGCCGGAUAUGUCAAUGACAAUGGCCAUCAAUCUUCUAUUAGCUGCAGCUGAAUGUGAGAUCAUUGCUGAUGCUGAUGUUCAGCGAGCUGCGCUGAGGGCUGUUGUCAAUUGUGUUUGUGCUCCCAUCAAUAGGGUUGGAGGAAAUGUCGCCAGGUAUUCGGUAAGCGGAUCGGCUAAGAAGAAAACGAAUAUUCACAACAGUGAGGAACUUGUGCAGAAAGUUUGGGAAAGCGUCAGGUCGAACAACGGUAUAAUGGUUUUGUUACAAUUAAUGAUGGUGAAGACACCAAUCACCGACGCGGAUAGUAUUCGGGCAUUGGCUUGUCGUGCGCUGGCGGGUUUAGCGCGUAGCGAAAAAGUCCGACAAAUCAUCAGCAAGUUACCGAUGUUUACCGAUGGCCAAAUUCAAGCACUGAUGAAGGAUCCGAUCCUCCAGGAGAAAAGGCAGGAGCAUGUGAUGUUCCAAAAGUAUGCGCUGGAAUUGAUGGAACGUGUAUCUGGCAAAGCGAAACCCACCGGUGCCGAAUACGAAAUUUCACUCGUCAGUUUGCACAGGGCUAAUGUUGUGGCGCAGACAAGGAUACAGUACAACGAACAGCAACUUAAUCAAUUGAUAUAUCAACAUCUUGUGUCGAAAGGUAUGAAUGAAACUGCAGCAACUCUUCAACGAGAGGCCAAUUUAGAUUCUCCUGCAGUCAUGAAGCCAGUUACAAGUUAUCAACCAUUUACUUACAGAAGCCCAGCCAUAACGACGAGAAUUGGAUUUUCUCCAGGGGCACCAGUCAAUUUGUACAACACGAGUAGAUGCACUUCGAGAGAAGUUGUCGGAAGGACUAAUGUCACUCCUACAUCCGGUUCCUCUCGAUUCAUCUCGCAUACAGGUUCUUGCUCGAGUUCUUCCCCAAUAACAAAUAACACUGCCAUAAGAAUAAAACUCGCAGAUUGUCUUAAUCCAAGUCCUGUUACAAGCAGCAACAAUCAGCCAAUUAAAUUACAAAUCAAUCAAAAAAAAUCUAUACAAACCGAUAGACAAUUACCAGCAGCCGCGGCAACAAGCUGCCAAUCGGUAACACAAGCUCAACCUUCCACCUGUAGAUCCUUGCAGAAGCAAAUUUCAAGGGAUCCUGGAGGUGGCGGAGGUCCUGGAGUAGCCGCCUCAAAUGUCGCUACCAUCACCCUCGACUCUAUUAUCACGGAAUACCUGACGAAUCAACACGCUUUGUGUAAAAAUCCUAUGGUCACCUGUCCACAAUUUAAUCUCCUCGAGCCACACAAAUGCCCGGAUCCAUGUACUAAAAAUUCUAUUCCUAUGAACCUAACGAUGAGAUUAGCAAGAAGAGCUUUAGGUAUGGACGGAAGGCGUCUAGAUAGGAGGCAUAUUUAUAGUCGUUUUUGUCCUGUCAAAUCGUUCCGUCCUACCGACGUUGAGGGGACCUUCACGUGUUGUACCUUCUCUCCCUGCCAACAAUUCCUAAUGCUCGGCACAUACGCCGGGGAUGUGAAAAUGUUCAAUGCUCAUACGGGAACGGAGGAAGCGACUUAUCAGUGCCACGAAUCUUACGUUUAUCACAUGGAGUGCAAUCAGCGUGGAAAUCUUCUCCUGACCUCGACAGCGUGGAGGAGUCCCAUGUCUGCUCUGUGGAGUAUCGGUAACUUCUUCGACAUGAAACUUCCGCUUGAGAACGAGGAUUACGUCGAGUUCAGUAAACUUCAGGACAGAAUAAUUGGCACGCAGGGAGAACUCGCUACGAUAUACGACAUUGCAACUGGAAAGCUCUUGACGACUUUGACGCCGUCGAUUUCCAAUCAGUACACGAAGAAUCGAGCGACCUUCAGUAUGAACGAUGAGCUCGUCCUGAGUGAUGGGAUCCUUUGGGAUGUGAAUUCUGGCAAGGAGAUUCACAAAUUUGACAAGCUCAAUCAAACACUAAACGGUGUGUUUCAUCCAAAUGGUACGGAAGUCGUGUCGAAUACUGAAGUCUGGGAUCUUAGGACGUUUCAUCUUCUAAAGACGGUCCCGACGCUCGAUCAAAUGGAGGUUAUAUUCUCGCCAGUGAACAGCAUCAUCUACGCCGUCUCUCUCGACCAAGAAAGUGAAGAUGAAUCAAAUUACGUGACCUCCUUCAAGACUCUUGAUGCACUCGAUUACAGCAGCAUUGCUACUUGUGAUGUGAAACGCGGUAUCUACGAUCUGGCUUGCAACAAAUUCGACACGCAAAUUGCAAUUGUUGAGAAUCAGGGCGAGUUUGACAGUAUCCAGGAAUCGUGCGUAAGACUUUAUGAUGUUGGUAGGCGGAGGGACGACGAAGAUGAGGCUGAGGAGGAUGAUGACGAGGAAGACCUCGACGCGAGUGAUGACGAUGGCUCGAAUUCUGCGUCUGAUGACAAUAACGCUGACGAUGGCGACAAUGCGGAUACUGCGGGGGAUGAUAACGGAGACGAUAACGAGCAGAAUGAUGGCGAAGACAAUGAAGACGAUGACGAAGGUGGAGAUGGAGACGAUUCUGCCGACGAUAGCGCAGAUUACGAUCCAAACGUGGACUUAAAUGAUUUAUCAGAUGAUUUUUCACUCUCAGACAUGGAUGAUCUAGAAAUUUUCUUUUCCUGAGGGCUCCAAAGUGAACUUCCGACUAAUACUCGGCAGUUGGUCUCCUGGCCCCAAGAGGGAAACGUCAUCAGAUGUACUUCUCCAAUUCUCUUCACACCCAUUCACGAUCAAUCGUACAGAUCGUGCAUAAUCGUCAAAGGUCGAUUUGCCUCGUCUCGGCAUUCCGACCUUCAAAGUAACCGAUAACCUCGCCAAAUCUAAAAAUUUCAAACUCAACGUUUGCUGCUCUUGCCGAUUAAAAAGUACUCUUCUCGGUUUCUCAAUACAGUAAAGUGUAUAGUAACGGAAUGUAACAUAGUAAUAGGAAUUCAAGUUGGAUCGGAAAGCGAGGACUGUACAGUGAAAAAAUUGACGAAUUUUUAAAGGAAAUUGUGGCACAAGGACCUUUCAUUUUCUUUCUUCCCAAAAUAAUGAAUCGCUUUCAUGGAUCGAUUUCAUAUUUUAUCGCUCUCGUUCCAGUUUCACAAGUUUGUUUUCCUUUUGCGUCACAGCUCGAGAUUCUUAUUUGUUCCAUUCUUCCUGGACUCAGUUUUACUAGUUACAAUAUACAGUUUAGUUAUUAACGGUAUCCAUGUUCACUGUUGUUUUCGUUUUCUAAAAACUUUACUUUUUCCAUCUUAUUCUUUCGUUAGGCUCUUUAGGAAUAGGCUCUUUUAUGGAAUAUCUUGCGAGAUUUUUAUCUAUUGUGGCCAGGAAAGGUAGACUGACGAUAUUAUAAGAAGAAGGGCAGUUCCGUUAAGUCCUUAAUAAUAAAAACGUGCGGGCAAAGACAGAACGAAGUGAUCUCCAGCUUCGUGUAAAUGAAUUCGAUAUUUGACUUUUUGCUAUUGCGCAUACACUCUCAAAUAGUGCGAAGUAUGAAGAAUACAAAUGGAAACUUUAAAUAUUAUUGUGAGAUAAGUGAUUACUAUUAUGAUAAUUAAAUAUUAAUGUAUAUGGAAUAAAAAAUUGUAAAAAGGCCACUCUACUUGUAUUCGUGAUUGGUGUAAUUUGAGCAUAUAAUUUUUAUGAGUCUAUUUUAUUAAUAAGCAAUGUAAAAUGUGCUCCCUUAGUUCUAAUCAAUCUGCUAUGUGUUAUUAUAUGAAUUAUAUAAAACUUAUGAAAUUA